CUCAGCUCGGUGAAACUCAAAAAUCGAAGCUCCUCUCUGUCUAGUGCUUUGUUUGUUAGUAGUAGUAUUAUUUUGUGAGUGUUGGUUUGGAGUGAUGGAAAACGAGGAAGUUCCAUCAGCACCUUCAACACCUGCGACCCCAGGGACUCCAGGUGCUCCACUGUUUGGUGGUUUCAAGGCAGAGAGAAGUGGUAAUGGUAGGAGAUCCCUUCUCAAGAACUGUAAGUGUUUCAAUGUUGAAGAAUGGGCCAUGGAAGAAGGCACCUUACCCAAACUCUCUUGUUCAUUACCACCCCCUCCUGUUCCACUUGCAAAAAAGGUGGGAGCUGAAUUCGUUGGCACUCUCAUAUUGAUAUUUGCUGGGACAGCUGCAGCCAUUGUGAACCAAAAGACAAAUGGCUCCGAAACCCUUCUUGGCUGUGCUGCUUCAACUGGCCUUGCUGUUAUGAUUGUCAUUCUCUCAACUGGACACAUCUCAGGGGCACAUCUCAACCCAGCUGUCACCAUUGCCUUCGCUGCCCUGAAGCACUUCCCAUGGAAACAUGUACCUAUGUAUAUUGGAGCACAGGUGGUGGCAUCUUUGUGUGCUGCAUUUGCACUAAAGGGAAUUUUCCACCCCAUAAUGGGUGGGGGUGUCACUGUUCCUUCAGGGGCACCAUAUGGCCAAGCUUUUGCUUUGGAGUUUAUAAUCAGCUUCAACCUCAUGUUUGUUGUCACUGCCGUGGCCACCGACACUAGAGCUGUGGGAGAGUUGGCGGGAAUCGCGGUGGGAGCAACUGUGAUGCUCAACAUACUCAUCGCCGGGGAAACAACAGGAGGUUCAAUGAACCCAGUGAGAACACUAGGGCCGGCCGUCGCAGCAAACAACUACAAAGCCAUAUGGGUGUACAUGACUGCUCCCAUCCUUGGGGCACUUUGCGGGGCAGGAACCUACACUGCCGUGAAGCUGCCAGAAGAAGAUGGUGAGAAUCACGAAAAGCCUUCAACAACAAGGAGCUUCAGAAGGUGACAGAUCAACACCAUCUUCAGACCUACAUUGGUAAUAUAUAAAUUCCAUCAGAUGAUAAUGAAGUUGGAUCAAUACAAAACAAGACUAAAGACAAAAAGAUGGAAGACAAAUUCACCAUCAGCUCUGAUGGUUACAUGCAUAUCACACUAAGAAAUCAUGUUUGCAUCAGUGAUACAUAUAUAAUAAUCAAGCUAGGUUUCCUCCCAUAAAAUAUUUUAAAUAACUAUGGGAUGUGAUGACUGAGAGUUGACUUUCAUUUGCAAGUACAUAUUGGAACUAGGUAAGCAUUGCAAUUUAGGUGGUCUCUGUUUUCUUUCACUGUAUUUGUUUCUCCUUUUGAUCAUGUAAAGCGAAUCGACAAUUGAGAUCAUAUCAUUAUGUGAUAUUUCCUCCUCUUUGUGGGCUUGGUAGUUUA